AUGAAGGCUGGCAUGGCCGCCCGCCGCAGCGCUGGCCGUGUGUUCAACGUCGACUUCGCCUCCAUCCCCGGCCUCGACGAGUGCAGUGACCGUCUUAGGAUGGAAUCGGCGGAAUGGGUCGCCGACGCUCUCAACCAGUCCGUCAUCAAGGCCAACCCCGGGCGGCGCUCGCCGCACGAGAUGUUCACCCGCGAGCAGGGGCCGUUCCGUGUGCUGCCGUUCUUCCAGCCCGGCUUCAUGCGUGAGGAUCGCCGCACCAAGCUCGACGACCAGGCCACCCUCUGCUACUACCUGAACGACCACGACAACCACCCGAGCGGCACCGUCAAGGUCCUCAAGGCGUCCACCGGCCGCGUCGUCUACACCAACAACGUGUCGUGGGUGACGUCGGCGCCAGCCGGCGAGGGGUGUUCCGCUGGUAUCACCGCUGCGCCGACACCCCCCCCGUUUACGCCGCCGGUCGUCUCGAUCAACUUCGGCCCAGCACCGACGCCUUCGACCGC